CCUCCAAGCCAGUUUAAAAGACUGGUGCAGGGGCGGGCGCGGAGCAGAGCGAGCUGCGGCCGUGGCAGCUGCACGGCUCCCGGCCCCGGAGCAUGCGCGAGAGCCGCCCCGGAGCCCCCUGCCGCCCCGCCCGCGGCUCCCCGCGUCCCGCCGCCAGCAGCGCACCCCCGGACGCUAUGGCCCACCCCUUCGGCUGGCCCCGCGUGUAGGAUGGUGGCACACAACCAGGUGGCAGCCGACAAUGCAAUCUCCACGGCAGCAGAGUCCCGACGGCGGCCCGAGCCUUCCUCCUCCUCCUCCUCCUCCUCCUCCUCGCCCGCGGACCCCGCGCGCCCGCGGCCCUGCCCGGCGGCUCCGGCUGCGGCCCCGACCCCGGCCCCGGCCCCCGGCGACACACACUUCCGCACGUUCCGCUCGCACGCCGAGUACCGGCGCAUCACCCGAGCCAGCGCGCUCCUCGACGCCUGCGGCUUCUACUGGGGGCCCCUGAGCGUGCACGGGGCGCACGAGCGGCUGCGCACCGAGCCCGUGGGCACCUUCCUGGUGCGCGACAGCCGCCAGCGGAACUGCUUCUUCGCCCUCAGCGUGAAGAUGGCCUCGGGCCCCACGAGCAUCCGCGUGCACUUCCAGGCUGGCCGCUUCCACCUGGACGGCAGCCGCGAGAGCUUCGACUGUCUCUUCGAGCUGCUGGAGCACUACGUGGCGGCGCCGCGCCGCAUGCUGGGGGCCCCGCUGCGCCAGCGCCGCGUGCGGCCGCUGCAGGAGCUGUGCCGCCAGCGCAUCGUGGCCACCGUGGGCCGCGAGAACCUGGCGCGCAUCCCCCUCAACCCCGUCCUCCGCGACUACUUGAGCUCCUUCCCCUUCCAGAUCUGACCGGCCACGCACGCAGCAUUAACUGGGGCACCUUGUUAUUAUUUUCUAUUAUUAAUUAUUAUUUACCUGGAACCACGUGGGUGUGCCCUUCCCUCCUGGGUUGGAGGGAGCGGGUGUGGGGGGCUAGGCGCCUCCCCCCUCUCCGCUGGAGACGAGGCUGCAGACCCUUCCCCACCUCUUGGAGGGGUGCCCUCCCCUCCUGGUGCUCCCUCUGGGUCCCCCUGGUUUUCGUAGCAGCUUAACUUAACUGUAUCUGGGUCCAGGACCUGAACUCGUACCUCCUACCUCUUCAUGUUUACAUAUACCCAGUAUCUUUGCACAAACCAGGGGUUGGGGGAUGGUCUCUGGCUUUAUUUUUCUGCUGUGCAGAAUCCUAUUUUAUAUUUUUUACAACCAGUUUAGGUAAUAAACUUUAUUAUGAAA